AUGUCCAAGGUCCAAGGUCCAAGGUCCAAGGUCCAAGGUCCACGGACGCCCGUAAAACCCCCGGGCCACCCAGGCGGAUUUGUCGCACCUUUCAAGGUUUCUUUUGACCUCCCUCAUCCACCACCGACCACCGCCGCUAUCGUGCCCUUCCACGCCCGCAGCCUCGCCAUCCCACGUCGCCCGCGUCGAUGCGCCCGCGUCCUGAUAGACGUUGUCGAUUCGCUUCUUGAUAGCGCUGCUGCCCUGCACCCUGCACCCACGCCUGCAUCCGCACUUGCUGCUGCACAGUCCUCGUCUUUCACGUGGGGACACGAGCCCGACCACCGCCCACUCACUGCUGCUGCGUUGCCCUCUGGACCGACAUUCACCCUAAACCGCUCCGCUGCCUGCUGUCCUGCCUGUCCUGUCCUGCCUGUCCUGUUCUGUCCAGUCUUCUGUCCCGUCGCUCGCCUGCUGCAGCCUCGCCGCUCUCGUCUCGUCUCGUCUCGUCUCGCUUCGCUUCGCCGCCUCGCCCUUGCCCCGUCCGCCGCUCGCUUCAGCCGUUGCACUGCUCUGCACUGA